AUGGAAACACGAAUAGGAUUAUUGGGAUUAUUUUUCUAUUACUUCGUCGUGAUUUCUACGGUGCUCAACAUCAUCAGCGGCGAGGUGCAAUCCUACUGGGAGCAGCCCUUUGCGCAGCCUUACUUCGACAAUAGCACGAAGCGGGAGAUCACCGCCACCGUGGGCCAGUCCGCAUUGCUGCACUGCAGAGUGCGGAAUCUGGGCGACAGAGCGGUGUCCUGGAUACGGAAACGUGACUUACAUAUCCUGACCGUCGGCAUCCUCACCUACACCAACGACCAGCGCUUCCAGUCGCUGCAUACCGAGGGCAGCGACGAGUGGACGUUACGCAUCACGUCGCCCCAGCCCCGAGACUCCGGCACCUACGAGUGUCAGGUAUCGACGGAGCCGAAAAUCUCCCAAGCCUUCCGCCUCAACGUGGUGGUUUCGAAGGCCAAAAUCCUCGGCAACUCGGAGCUAUUUAUCAAAAGCGGAAGCGAUAUCAAUCUAACAUGUGUUGCGCUGCAGUCACCGGCACCGCCAUCGUUCAUCUACUGGUACAAGGGUGGCCGGGUCGUUAAUUACUCGCAACGCGGUGGCAUCAGCGUCCUGACGGAGCGGCAAACCAAAACCAGCAAAUUAGUGAUUGCCCGCGCCAUGCCUUCGGACUCCGGCAACUACACGUGCUCGCCGAGCAGCUCAGACUCCGCCAGCGUCGUGGUUCACGUCAUCAAUGGCGAACAGCCAGCCGCAAUGCAGCACGGCAACAGCAGCGCUAAUAGUGUUUUAAUAAAUAAUCGCAGCUUCGGUCACAUCUUUGGCGAUCCGCUGGACCGUUGGCUGGCCCUCGUGGGUGGUAGUAAAAAUUUACUACUCUCGUUGGCAUCGUCGUGGCUUUGCUACGUGCUCAAAUCGAUCAGCAGCUCGUUCGGAGUCGACGGCAGGUGA